UCCAUUUCCAUUACCAUUACUACUAUAACUAUAAAAUGCAUCAAAACGUUCUUCUUCACUUCUUCCAUUCUUCUUCAUAUUUUCAAAUGAAGAUUUCUACAUUUUCUCUGGUUCUUCUCUACUUUUUUCAAUCAGCGCGAGCAAUUUUAGAUCCUGUUGAUUUCUUAGCAUUACAAUCUAUUCGAAGAUCGCUUCACGAUGUUCCUGGUUCGAAUUUCUUUUCGUCUUGGGACUUCACCGGCGAUCCAUGCAGCUUCGCCGGAGUUUAUUGCGUUUCUGAUAAAGUCUUUGCACUCAAUCUCGGCGAAACUAGAGCCAGUUCGCCUGGUCUCACUGGAAAAAUUGACACCGCCAUUGGUAAACUCUCUGCUCUCGCUGAUUUAACCGUUUCUCCCGGUAGAAUUUACGGUCAUCUUCCUCAGUCAAUUUCGCAGUUGAAGAAUCUUAAGUUUCUCGGUAUCAGUCGGAAUUUCAUCUCCGGCGAGAUUCCAGCAGGGCUUGGUCAGCUACACAAUCUCAGAACAAUUGAUCUAAGUUAUAAUCAGUUAUCUGGAACUAUUCCUCCGUCAAUCGGGAAAUUGCCGGUGCUAAACAACCUCAUCCUCCGUCAUAACCGUCUCACCGGUUCAGUUCCGUCAUUCGCAUCGGCUCAAAACUUAAACCGGCUCGAUCUAAAGCAUAACUCUCUCACCGGUUCACUUGCUCCUGAUUCUCUUCCUUCUUCACUACAAUAUAUCUCUCUAUCAUGGAACCAGCUUACUGGGAAUGUAGAUCGGGUUUUAUACCGGUUAAACCGCCUCAACUAUCUCGAUCUAAGCUUAAACCGGUUCACCGGUCCAAUCCCGCCUCAACUAUUCUCAUUUCCACUAACAAACUUACAGUUAGAAAGAAACCAAUUAUGUGGUCCGGUUGAACCGUUUAAUGAAGUUACAAUCCAAACUGUUGAUCUAAGUUACAACAAGUUAUCAGGUGAAAUAUCACCUUUAUUAGCGAGUGUGCAAAAUUUGUAUCUAAACAACAACUGUUUCACCGGUGAAGUUCCCGGUAGUUUUGUAGAACGGUUAUUGGGGGCGAAUAUACGGAUUUUGUAUUUGCAGCAUAAUUAUCUUACCGGAAUUGUGAUUAAUCCAACGGCAGAGAUUCCGAUGAGUAGUUCACUUUGUUUACAGUAUAACUGCAUGGUUCCUCCUGUUCAAAUGACAUGUCCUUCUAAAGCUGGUUACCAGAAAAUCAGACCUGCUAGGGAGUGCAACCAACAUCAUUGAAAAUCUCGUAUACCAUAUAUCAUACUAUUAUAUAGUUACUUUUAUAUAUUAGCACUAUAAUAUUCAAGUUUUUUUUGACAGGAAUAAUAUUCAAGUUAGAUCAACUAAUAUUGAAUACUAUUAAAAUUAAAACUAUAAACUAUAUAUAGCUUUUGUUUUCUUGCUUUUGUAAUAUUUAAUUAUUCUUUUUGACUUGUUUUUAUUAAUUCAUUAUUAUUAUUAUCAAAAUUAUAGUUGUAGUAUUUUAGUUAUUUUGAAUAAUACGAUUUUCCAUUCAGAGAUAGAUGAGCUAAUAAAAAUUAAUGUAUUUAGUUGAUAAUAUUAUUGAUCAAAUGCAUUAACUUUUAUAUUAACUCAAAUACAAAUCGAGAACAAGGACAAACUAAACAGCUUAAACUAUGAAAAUC